AAUGGCCAAGGUCCAGCCAGUCGUCGCGAGCUCUCGCCGCAAAUCACGAAAGGCGCACUUCAGUGCGCCGAGUAGUGUGCGUCGGGUCAUCAUGAGCGCGCCAUUGAGUAAGGAGCUCCGCGAGAAGCACGGUGUGCGCAGCAUUCCCAUCCGCAAGGAUGACGAGAUCACCGUCGUGCGCGGCAGCAACAAGGGACGUGAGGGCAAGGUCACCUCCGUCUACCGCCUCAAGUACUGCAUCCACGUCAACGGCAUCGUCCGCGAGAAGAGCAACGGCCAAUCGGUUCCCAUUCCCAUCGCUCCCUCGAAGGUUGUCGUCACCAAGCUCAAGCUCGACAAGGACCGAGAGCAGAUCCUGGAGCGCAAGGGCGCCGGUCGCGAGGAGAAGAAGAAGAGGAACGAGGCAUAAGCGUCUUAUCUCCUUCGGUUGACGACACAUUAUGGCAUUGACGCUCAGGAAUAUCGACAUGGUGUCUUAGAGCGGGCGGCAUGCAUAUCAUCGGUUCACGGUCUGGGCAUGCGACAAGCGCAUGGAAAAGCAGGGCGUUAUACCGGCUUCUAGCUCGAACAAUGGACUUGCCGUCAUACGGCCCCGUCGAAGAUUCUUUCGAAAUGAUACCACGAAGGCUUUGGAGGUUGGUAACGAAUGGAAAACCUUAACUCCGGCCUUCGAUGUGACAACCCGCGUGAUCAUCCAUUCCAAUAUGUCCCAACCGCUAGAUAAUCUACU